GGCGUGAGUUUCUUUCCCCGUUUAACACACACACACACACACUCUCUCACACACAGACACACACUCGACUGGACAUAAACAAGAGUGAAGGGCCUUUGUGUUACACUCAUGUUUCUAUCUUCCAGCGUUGAUGUGUGUAUGGCGCGUUUCUGACGGCAUCUGGCUCGUGCACGCGGAUUGAUGCUUUGAUGCCUGGGAAACAUUGCUAAUGAAGAAUAUGGAAUACUAAUAAUGGACUGAAGAUCAUGCCCCUCAACAAGUUCUCGAUCUGUGUUCUUUAAGAGAGGAUAAACAAAAUAAUCAAUUAAUAGUCAUUGGAGGCUAACUAAACCAAACCAUGGCUAGCAAGAGGAAGUCCACUGUUCCAUGCAUGAUACCUGUAAAAACAAUUCAUCUGCAGGAUGACUUUGAUCGUGAAAUCAUGUCCCCUCAGACUAAGGACAUAGGGAUUACCUUCACAGAGGAAGCAAGUGCAAAAAGCAGUCAAAGUUUGGACAAGUCCUCUGGGCAAGAAGAUAUCCUUAAAGAUGCUGGAUUUUACACUUGUAGACCAUGUAACUUUGAGACCCAGGAUCUUAAUCUUUUCCUUGAUCAUGUCUACAGUGGGCACACAGAUUUCCGUAUGGACCCCUGUUUUCUUUGUGUGAGCUGUGGAAAAAGUUCUGCAAAAUUUGAGGGCUUGGCACUGCACAAUGCCCGUGUCCAUCCCAGUACAAUAACUACCACACUUCAACUUAAAAAGAAGGACAACAGGGUCAUUGUGGAGCAGAGUCUUUGUGUUGAACCUUGUGAAAGCACUAGCUCAAGAGAUACUGAAAUUUCCAUCACGAAGACACCAAUCAUGAAAAUGCUGAAGAGUAAAUCCGAAUCCAAAAGGAUUGUGGUUUCUCAUCCUGCUACUGAUGAUCCUUCCCCCUCUAUUUCUAAAGUCGUGGAGAAAAAGGACCCUCCUGCUGUAAAAGUCACCCAUGUGCCCACUAUUGUACAUAAUGGGGCAGCCACCAAAGUUUCCCUGCCAUCAGCCAUACAGAUUGUUAAUGGCUCUGGGGCUUUACCCAUGCUGAAGACAGCAAUGACACAAGUUGUAUCUGUUGUGCAGAACAGAAGUCUCAGCCAGCAAUCUGCUCCAAUCACUCUCUCUUCAUCCCACUCCUCUCCAGGCUCCUCAACAAGUACUAAAAAUCUUCCCAAAGUGAUGAUCCCCCUAAGCAGCAUUCCUACCUACAAUGCAUCCAUGGACAACAGCAGUUUCUUAAAGACAUCUUUUAGCAAGUUCCCUUAUCCAACCAAGGCUGAACUUUGCUACCUUACUGUAGUUACCAAGUACCCAGAGGAGCAGAUCAAGAUCUGGUUCACAGCACAAAGGCUGAAACAAGGAAUCAGCUGGUCUCCAGAGGAAAUAGAAGAGGCCCGAAGAAAAAUGUUCAACACAAUUAUACAGGCAGCACCUUCCAAUGGCCAGCAGCAACGGCAGGCCCACCAUACUCCUGCUCAGUCUACUAUCACAGUUCUUGGCACGACUGGCAUCCCACACAUCUUACAAGGUAGCCUGGUUGGGCAAGGAGGAGUCAUAGUCACCCAGCCCAUGAUGGCAAAUGGUAUUCAGGUCAGCAGUGCCCCAGUUACCCUAGCGGUUACACCCAAACCCCAGGCUGCUGCAAAGCCUUUAAUGCAGGCCAGACCUGCUGCAGCCCUGGUAGCUGAUAAAGGAAUCAGCAUGGUUUUGGGCUCUGUUGGUAGCAGUAGUAGUGGAAAUUGCAGCAGCAGCAGUAGCAGCAGCAAUGCUAGUACUAGCAGCAGUUUAAGCAGUGUUAGUAGUACUAGCAACCUGUGCAACCAGACUAGUGUAAUCAGUAUUGGUGGAAGCAGCACUGCUAAGUCAAAUGGCAACAGCAAUGUAAGGGUCAGUGCAACGGGUACCAAUGGCACUUGUGUUCAAAGCAGUGGUAAUGUUGUGAAAAGUGAAGAUAAAGUCAGUUCUGAGUCUAAAAGCACCAGCAAGAGCAGUGUUCCAGCUGCCAGUACCACUCCACCCACAACCUUAGCAUCUACAACCUCAACAGACACCCCAGUACCAUGUAAAUCAGACUCCCCAAGUCCUGCCUCUACGAACUCUCGUGUUUUCUCUAACAGUAACUUUUUGGACCCCGGCUUUAACAAAACCAAAAAGUCCCAGGAACAACUGUCAGCCUUAAAGGAGAGCUUCCUUAUAAGCCAAUUUCCCAACCAAGAGGAAGUGGACAGACUUAUAAACCUAACUGGUCUAUCUGUGCGUGAAGUACGGAAGUGGUUCAGUGACCGCCGCUACCACUUCAGGAAUCUGAAAGGUUCAAGGUCGAGUGGUGGCGGUCAGACUGUUACAACAAGUGGUAGCAUCUCCCAACUUGAUACGGUUGCUGCUGUAGACCUAUCAGAAAACGGUUCACCCCCAGAGCGGCCCAAAACUCCACAGCAGUCACCUCUUAGUCCCACACAGACAUCAUCACCGCCAACUCCAACACGUCGUCCUCCACGACCCCCUUCACCAGAUUUUACGGCUAUACGCUACAAAGAGCGAGAGCCUCACCAGGUUCGAGCUUUAGAGGCAAGCUUUACACAAGAGCCAGAUCCAACUAGUGAAGAAGUUGACCGGUUAAGAGCAGAAACAAAGAUGACCCGACGUGAGAUCCAUGGUUGGUUUGCUGAGCGGCGAAGGAGGGUAGCAGCAGAGAAGAAGAAAGAGGAAGCUGAGAAGGCGGAAAGAGAAGAUGAUGAUUAUGUGGGAGAGGAAGAGGAGACUGGGGUAAAAAAGGAAGGAAUAAGCAAUGAGGAAACACAUGAAGCUGAAGAUUCCUCAGUAGAGACACAAGGUGAAGACGAGAAACUGAAGGAUGAAACCGGUAAUGAGCCAAAGGUUAAUCCUAUCAAAAUCAAUCUCAAAAUGCUUAAGGUUACUGAAUCCAGUGGAAAAGGUGAACCAGAGGGAAGUCAACCGGUUGAGGCUAGCAAGGUGCCACAGACACCUGUUCCACAGACCUCUCAAUACCGAGGUAAGAAAACACCAGAACAGCUCCACCUGCUGAAACAAGUCUUUGCACGCACCCACUGGCCUAGUAGUCCACAGUACAACGAACUGAUAACUAAAACAGGUCUACCUAGGCCAGAGGUAGUACGUUGGUUUGGAGAUUGCCGCUAUGUCCUGAAGAAUGGUCAACUGAAGUGGCUUGAGAGUUACCAGACCAUGGUAGACGAGGAAGACUUUCAGAAAGCUAACAUAAGUGUCCUACAGGAGCACCUAGACACGCAUGGGAAACUCGAUGAGACUAAGUUGGAAGAGAUAGCCAAGUCAAGUGGAUUCGGUGAGGAAUCUAUACGGCGAUGGUUUGCGAAGACACCACUUUUAUCGGAGAAAAGAAACUCUGAGAACACGGCAAGUGAAGCGACGGGGUCAUCUGCAACUCCAACUGAAGCUGCUUCAGGAUCACAGCAUGCAGAGCAUGAAGAUGUAAAGGUGGAGGAGUCGGGGAGCAGCACAGUCUCAAAGGAUCACACAGUUGACAUAUCAAAUGCUGAAGAGUCUGACUGAAGAAACGUGGAGAUAUCAGCCAAUGGGAUUACAGCACACGCAGCCUUCAUGCGAAGGCCUUUUUUAAAUGUCAGAUGGAACACGAGCACUGGAGGACAUAUCUGCAUAAAGAAAAGAGACUUUCUUCCUGAGGAACAUUUUCUUUUUAGCGUAAGCUACGAGCUAUGCUACUGUUCACAUUGUGUGGAUUAUUAAAGGUCAAGAUGCGCCCUUACACCAGACGGCUGCUUUUUCUGUUAGGACAGGACACCUUGGCCUUUUCAAGUUGAGUUUACUUAUGAUGGUCAUUUCCUAAUCGCCAUUUUUAAGGGAUUUUCGAUGGUACGAAGAGGAAACUGCACAGCUCUGGUUGAGCCCUUUUGUAAUUCUUCUACAUGCGCCUCGGGGAGGUGGAGAUGUAUGCUGUAGGUGAGCAUCAAUACCACAGCACUUUAGGUUUUCUGGUCUCGAAACGUCAUUUAGAGUAAAAGCAAUGUCAAAUGGUGUUGUCAAAACAGAUUCACCAGCGGUAACGGUCACGCUUGACAUGUUUGAUUUUUACAAAUAUUACUUGCAGAAUAAAUUUAAUACUGAAAGAAA